AGACGCAAGUGUCGCCUGAUCAAAACGAAGCAGUAAACAACCAUUGCAUAACGUAAUUUUUCAAGUCAAUGAAUUGACUUAUUAAAAACUAAGAUUUUGAUCUCAGAUCAUUUUGGCGAGUUUUCUUUUAAAUUGAAACAAAACCCUUCAUUCCAAAGAUAGCGAGAAUAUAUUUCUCUUGCAGCAGAUAUCGGCGCUGGGCGGGAUAUCAGUUGGUGAUUGGGCCUGACAAGCUGUCAAUGUGCUUUCUAGAAGACGCAUUGGAUGUUUAAACAUCGUGCACUCCUAAUGCUAUCGACUGUUUAUUUAGCUGGAUAACAAUCCAUCUCCCAUCACUGAGCCCUAAUGACUAAUUCUAUAACCUAUACAAAUAUCCGAUUGAGAUUCACAAAUCAUAAAGUCAAUAGAUAUCCAAUUGUGUUUUGUCGGGUUGUGCAAGGGUGACAUACACCUAGUAUUCCUCUUCUUGAUACACAACAUUUGCAAUGGUUAUUUCGAAAUGAUACGUGCAGCACGAUAUUGCAAUUGUCAUUAAGGAUAACAAGCAAUUAAAUUACCUCUGGAUGAUAAAAUAAAAAUCUAUAGAACUAGCGUAAAAAAUAUUUGACUCCCAUUACACAGGCAAUGCACGAAAUUUGUUUACCUCCCUUUUUUAAAAUUUGGUCCUUAAGAUACAUUUGUUACAUUUCGCAAACUUGAAAUACUCGUGAUUUAAAACUAGAGCAAUGUAAUAUUUUCGUGAUUUUAAAGGGGCAUGGUCACGAUUUUGGUCAAAAAUUAUUUUUUCGAUUUUAAUGUUUAAAAUGCUUCUGUAAGGUAAUUUUGAAAGGCAACCAAAAUUUGAAAGUCAUUUUUUGAGUUAUAAGCGAGUUACAGAGUUUACAAUUCUUUGCUAUGUAAACAAAGCUUUUGUUUUCAUUUUGAAUGUUGAAGUGAAAAUUCCAGUUUUAGACCUCAAAUGAAUAUGUUAAUCGUAAGGAAUUGUUUAUUUAUGCUUAAAAUGAAUAAGAAGAUAGACAAAUAAGCUGGAAAAAGAUUUUUUACAGGUAUAUUGAACCUAUAUGUAAACAAAAACAGGGCACGAGCCUUGUUUACAUGACGAAGAUUUGUUGGUCCCGUAUCUUGCUUAAAACUCAUCGACUGGCACCCAAAUUUCAUUUGAUUAUUAAAAAUGCAUUCCUAAAGCAUUGUAAAAAAUAAAAACAGAGAAACAAAAUUUGACCAAAAUCGUGGCCAUGCUCCUUUAAACCAGAUGUGUUCUUUUACUUAAAAAGAGUAAAGGGGAUUAAAACGGAACUAAAAUUAACUUCCACAAGGUAUGUUCUCGUACAGUCAGAAAACAUCGAAAGAAUGACGAAAACUACAAGAUAAUGGCGUAACAAAGAAUCGAAGCAAAGAAUCCUUCUCAUUAUCACUUCGUCUCCAUUUCAAGAUGUAAUAAAUCUAUAAACUUAGGCAUCAACCCAACAGAUGUUUAUAUUAUACAAUCAAGAUUUAUCUACACAAAUUUUCCAUCAAAGAUUCGCGGCUUGCCAAGUUCUUUGAAGAACCCAGUAUACUGAGUGACAAAAAAGUGAACCACACGGCGAGGAGAUGCUGGGGGUUCUUGGGGGCUGUGAUAUACCGACACCACGCGAUAUACAUAUAAAAACCUUACGUAGAGCAAAAACGGCCAAUUCCUCCAAGAAAUGCAUUCAUUUCCGGGUCAUUGUCAACAGGUGGACGUUUUGUGACAAGAGAUAAGAAAAUUCCCGUUUUAGUCUGUUAGUCCCCUCGCGCGUGUUCCAAGCUAAUUAGCCGGUAAUUACGGUUAUUUCCAGGGCCCGGACGAGGAGAGAGUCGGUACCCCCCAGUGAAAUUUUGACGAAUCAUAUCUGGAACAAACAAAUAUUCGUGUGCAGUGAUGACAAGAAUAAUCUGUUACAAGAAUUCCUGAAGGGUCCGGGCAUGAUAAGAUCUCUAUUGCUCACACGAUAUAGAAAACCCCGAAAGGUGACUCCGGAGAGCGACGAGGGACAAUAGGACUAAGAAACCCACUGAAACUCACAAGGACUAUAGCUCUUAUCAAACCGGAUUAUAGAUUUCACAGAUCAUUUAAAAAUGACCGUCUGCAACUUCAGCUCCACUAAUGUCGACUUCCUUCACGCAACCUCCGAACUUGAAAGUGUCACAAGAUGGCUUCAAUUUUGCAAGGCCGCUUACGUCGACGAAUGCGACAUGUAUACCCUUCGUCCAAAACUCACCAACCUUUCCGUGUUCUUCAGCGAAGCAACUGAAGAGGAUUGUCUGAACACCAAACAGUUAACGGUUUACUGCAUUUCUCUGAUUCUAAGUGUUCUGAUCAUUCUUGCAAACAGCGUCAUUCUCGCAGCCUUUGUGUAUGGCCGCAAUCGUCUGCUGAAAAGUUCCAACAUCCCUGUCAUCAGUUUGGCGCUCUCGGAUCUUCUGACCGGAAUCACCUUCCUGUACAGCGCCACCUGGAAUCUCAUUCUUUUGGACGCCGGGUAUGACUUUGAUCUAACGAAGAUCCAACACUAUGCAAGUUUGCGUUCCAACUACUAUCUCUGUUUGACUCUGGAUGGACCGGGCUUCGUGUUCGCUUGCAUGAUGUCCUCUGUCCUCAGUUUGGCCGUUAUCGCAUCAGACCGAUACCUGGCAAUAUUUCACUCUUAUCGCUACCACUUUUGGAUCACAACACCAAGAAUGGUAUUUGCAAUAAUCGUGAUUUGGUUGAUUUCCUUAAUUGUCAGCAUUCUCCCUCUAGUGGGAUGGAACAACUGGAAUGGAACGUGCCAAUUAACCGAUGUUAUGCACUAUGACUAUCUGGUACUGUGGAGUUCCAUCUGCUUCAUAUGUGGUUUCCUAAUUCUUUUCAUAUAUCUACGGAUAUUUAUUGUUGCUCGAAAACACAGCCGUCAAAUUGAGGCACAGGUGACAUCAACAUCCAGCAACAGUGAAACCGUUCAACCAGAACCAAGGGUAAGCAAAGAUUUCACGGCCAUGAAAUCACGAAAUGAAACAUCCGGUUCUCUACGGAGUUCAAAAUCCACGGUCGACUAUCUGGAGGACAGUGGUUGUCAUGACGUCACAGAAAUGAAUACGCUGUCCACACAAGAAUCAAAUACAACUGAGCCACAGAACAAAGAAAAAACUUGCGAAAAAGAUCAAAGAAACGGGGAAACCUCGGAUACAAACGAGGCAGUGUCAGAGUCAGGGGAAACCAACCGAAAACCUGGCAUAGACAAAGACGAUGAAAAAGAUCUGUCAGCAAAACCCGAAAACAAACCCAAAUCUGCUGAACAGAUUCCAUCCAUGAUGAAGCAGAAGGACAGAAAAAGAUCAAGUGGAGCCACCGUAGUCUUUGUCAAAGAAGAAAAGACUAAAAAGGCCAAAGCAGAAAAGAAAGCCGAAAAGAAGCGGUUUCAGAAGCCCACAAUGAAGGCUGUACGGACCACGGCCAUGAUUCUGGGCGCCUUCUACAUCUGCUGGACGCCAUUGUUGGUGUACCUUCUGUUGAAGGUACAGGACCAGAAUCACAACCUCACCGUCUACUACUUGUUUGUUGGGACACAGCUGAACUCUCUCUUUAACCCUCUUGUGUACGGAUUCCGACAGACUGAUAUCAAGAACACACUCCAUAGAAUGAGGACUUGCCAAAAGGCAUAUUAAGUUUCCUUAUUG